AUGGUCGACGUGCAAUUGCAUGAACAAACGAUGCAAGAAGAUCCGACGGAAUUGCGCAACUUGGGUCCUGAUUAUGACGUUAUCAAGGCUGUAGGAGAAGGUGCUUAUGGCGUAGUGUACUCUGCUGUGCAUUUGCCAACGUCGACACGCGUUGCAGUGAAACGGAUAUCGCCGUUUGAUCAUCAAAUGUUUUGCAUCCGCACGCUGCGCGAGAUCCGGCUACUGCGACAUUUUCACCAUGAGAAUAUUAUUUCGAUUUUGGACAUGAUUCCUCCUGUUUCCUACGACUCGUUCAACGAAGUGUAUCUCAUCCAGGAGCUCAUGGAGACCGAUAUGCACAAGGUGAUCCGCACCCAGGAGCUGUCGAACGACCAUUUUCAGUAUUUUAUGUAUCAAAUUCUUCGUGGCCUCAAGGCAUUGCAUACCGCUGGCGUCCUGCACCGCGACCUGAAGCCGUCCAAUCUGCUCUUGAAUGCAAAUUGCGACUUGAAGAUCUGCGACUUUGGGUUGGCGCGCAGUGUAGAUCAGCCAGAAGCGAACGGCAAGGCAUUCCUCACGGAAUAUGUUGCUACGCGCUGGUACCGCGCGCCAGAGAUUAUGCUUACAUUCAAGGAUUAUACCAGGGCGAUUGAUAUGUGGUCGGUGGGGUGCAUUUUUGCAGAAAUGCUUCUGGGCAAGCCGCUGUUUCCAGGCCGCGACUACCACCACCAGCUCUCGCUUAUCCUGGAUGUGCUUGGAACACCCUCUCUCGACGACUUUUAUGCGAUCAACUCGCUGCGCUCGCGUGAUUACAUUCGCUCGCUUCCCUUUUGUAAGCGAAAAAACUUUACCGAGUUGUUCCGGGGCGCCGAUCCUCUUGCGAUCGACUUACUGGAGCGGCUCUUGGCUUUUUCACCGCAAAAGCGGAUCACCGUCGAGGAGGCGUUAGGGCAUGUGUAUUUGGAGCCUUACCACGAUCCCUCCGACGAACCCGAUGCGAAGCCGUUGGACCCUGGUUUUUUUGACGCAGAUUUCGCCAAAGAGCCCCUCUCCCGGGCGCAGCUGAAAAAGCUCAUUUUUAACGAGGUGAUGCGAUAA